UCGUUUUUACAAACACCCAAAAAAGUUACCAGGCGGCCAAAAUCUUUCUUCUCUUCCCUUAUAUACUCGUAAACUUUCCUUCCUAUAUAUAGGACUCAACCAAUCUCCAUAUUUUCGCAAAGAAAAAAAAACUGUUAACUCUUCCUCUUCUACUACUACCAUUCCUUUUCAAGCAACAACAACAAUGGCUACUACCAACAAUGUCGUCGUCACCACCACCAACAAUAAUUCCGUUUCCAAACCUUCUCUUUACCUCCAGAACAUGGACGAGGUCCAAAAAGUCUUCAAACGUUUCGACGCUAACGGCGACGGGAAGAUCUCCGCCGACGAGCUCUCCAGCGUCAUCAGUGCUCUCGGAUCUGGAACGUCUCCCGAGGAAGUAUCUCGUAUGAUGGAUGAAAUUGAUUCCGACGGAGACGGUUUCAUUAGUCUCCAGGAAUUUUCUGAGUUUUGCCAAGCCGACGUGAACGGCGCUGGUGACGGCGGCGUUAAGGAGCUUCGUGAAGCGUUUGAUUUGUACGACCAGGACAGCAACGGGUUGAUCUCCGCCGUUGAGCUUCAUCAGAUCCUCACUCGUUUAGGUGAAUCCUGCUCCCUUCAGGACUGUACUAAAAUGAUCAAGUCCGUUGAUUCUGACGGCGAUGGUAACGUUAACUUUGAAGAGUUUAAGAAGAUGAUGAGCAAUAGCAAGUAGGCGGCGGCGGCUCUAGGUUUUUUUUAUUAGCGGCUGAUAAAAGGUGAGGUGCACGGGAUUAUAGUGUGUGCCCCCUCCGUAGGGUAUAGUUUCUACCUCUUUAACUGAUGAUAGACGGAGAAACCGUUAGUAUCAGCUUUAGUAAGAUGAAUUUGUUAGGUUCACUUGACGCCGUUAACAGUUAAUGUGGAUUCUGAAACUCAGUUGAUCUGAUGUUAAUGCAAUUUACAGCGUUUAUUUCUUUAA